AUGGGGGUGUACCUCUUGGGAGAGGGCGUCCAUGCUGUCUUUAGGAAACACCGGGCCAGAUUUUUCUGGGAAGCCAAUGGCCCGAGGCGCAAGUACCACUGGGUCAGAUGGGAUGCGCUCUGCAAACCCAAGUCCUUGGGGGGACUGGGCAUCAUCGACACCAGGCUCAUGAACAUCUGUCUCAUGACCAAAUGGAUUUGGAAGCUCUAUGCUGGGGAGCAAGGGCUUUGGGCUGAGAUCCUCAGGAAUAAGUAUCUAAGAUCGAGGGAUCUCCUGGUGGACUCCCACCAGUCGGGCUCUCAAUUUUGGAACGCCAUCCAAAGAAUUAAAUCGGUGUUUCGCCUGGGAGCGAGACACCAGGUGUGGAAGCCAGUGGCUAGGCGGCAGGACCGCGAGGCGUUGGAGUUGGCGAUCGGGAGACUCCGCUCUCUCCACGCCAACAUCCGGGACCGUUCGGCGUGA